AUGGCUGCCCCAAGAGAAUCAAAGAAGAGAACUACCAGAAGAAAGAAGGACCCAAAUGCUCCAAAAAGAGCUUUGUCUGCUUACAUGUUCUUCGCUAAUGAAACAAGAGAUAUCGUAAGAGCUGAAAACCCUGAUGUUUCCUUUGGUCAAGUUGGUAGAAUUUUAGGUGAAAAAUGGAAAGCUUUAACUCCUGAAGAUAAAGUACCUUUCGAAGCAAAAGCUGAAGCUGAUAAAAAAAGAUACGAAUCUGAAAAGGAAUUGUAUAACGCUACCCUUGCUUAA